AAAUCUCAAUUCCCUGCGUUGUGGUUAUGUUGUUGCUUCCGCGAGUAACACCUCUCCACCUGAAGCUCUCUGGGUUCCUAAGGGAACUCGCCAGCUUUUGGGCUUCCAGGCAGAGGGAUUGUGAAUGUGGGCCUCUUAGCUGGAUGCAAGGCCUGCAGGAUGCUCUCUUGGUCAGAGGUUUCUCUGUCUGUGCCUUUUUAGGCAACCUCCAACCUCCUGGAUUCUGGAAUUCCAUCUGCUGCGUCACACAGGGCAAAACUGCCCUCACUGCAAUGCCUGUGUGUGCCUGGAGCUUCUCAGCCUCCAUUCACAGCACGUGAGGAUUCCAUACAGAGUUGUUAUAGAUCCACGCUGAGUUGUGCUGGAAAAGAAUUUGUUGGUUUAGAUUCAUGAAAUGUUGGAUUCAUGUUGGUUUAGAUCCAUGAAAUCAUUAAUUGGAAGCCCGUUCUCCUAGAAUCUCUCCUUGGGAUGCUGUUUUUCUUUCCAGAAAAACCUGAUGCAGAGGCAGUUCCUGAUGUAAAAGCUGGAAUCUCUGGAGAGCCUGGACCUAAAUUCUGGAGCCGAGCAGGUAGGAGCAGAGUCCAGGAGGUGCCACUGUGCUGGGAGCACUUGGAUCUCCGGGGGAAUCUGGACUCUCAUGGAUGGGGUGUCAGGGGUGGCACCUGCACCGGUAACUGUGAGUUCUGUGUGUGAGAGAGAGCUGGGGUGCUGCUUCCACUGCCUGCAGGUGUCCUGGCUGGCACUGGGGAUAACAGGGACCUGGUGGCUGGGAAAGUCUAAAAUGCAGUGAGAUCAGUUUGGGGUGUUUUACUGGGAAAAGGGGUGUAAAAAAGUGUAACUCUGAGCAUUUCCUGAGGCUGGCAGGUAAGAUGGCACCUUAUCCCAAAAGAAUGGACCUGUGCUGCUGUUUUUUUUCCAAAAGAAAAUCCUAGCAAGGAAAACUUGCAGUCCUUGCUGUGGGUUGCAGCUGUCAUUUACUGAGCAGAAUUGGCUUCAGCUGCAGUCAGACCAGGAGGUUUCCGAGGUAACCUCCCAGCAUGUCAAAUUCCUGACGUCAAUCAGAGGUACCUAUCCGUGCUACCCAGGUAAGGCUUAGGAUUUGGUGUUUAUUAAAAUCGAGUUACCGAGGCAGCAGCAAAUGGAAAUUCAAGAGCACCAAAAGGAUUCAAAUCCUCAGAGCAGGUCACAGGGAAAAAAAAUAAAAUUAUUGAGUACCUAAAGUCCCUGUGUGGAUGUGGAUGGUGAUGUAAAAGGGACGAGUCAAAAGGUAGGAAGGUACAGGGAGAGUUCAGCCCUUCUACAGCCAUCAUCCUUCCGGAGAGGUGACACUGCAUUUAAACCUCUGCUGUCACCUUCACAGCCAGUUCUCCUGCGCAGUUAUUUAGGACCAAAGGCAUUGCCUCUGGGCAAAUCCAGCAUGGGGCUGUAGUGGAGUGCCCAGGAUCCAACCCCCCCGUGCUGCACAGGGAGCUCACCUCUUCUGCCCUUGGGCCAGGCAGGCUGCUCUGCCCACUUUCCAGUGGGGCACAAUCCAAUAUUCUGCAUCCCAGGAGCUUGGGUGGGGGGAUAAAAUGCUCUUUGUUGUGACAGGCUCGUGAUGUCCGCUCUCAUGCCUGCGUCUCACAGGGGGCAAUGGCACUUCUGUGCUGAAAGAGAUGGAAAUCAAACAGUUCUGUGUGCAAAGAACCCUUGUGAUGUACUCUGUGCGCUGGGAUUGGUUUGGUUUUGUUUUUUUCCUGGUCUUUCACCUGGCAGUGAUGACAGGAUCCUCUGUGCCCCCCUUUUUGGGGGGGACAUAAACUGCCUGCUGGCACAGCCUGUGCCUGGUGAAUUAGCCCUGCGUGAUGGGCUCCUAAAACACUUCUUUUGUUUGCCAGUUCCAUCCUCCACUGACACUAUCUCAUGAAUGUCCCACUUUUCAGGGGUUUUUUUUCCCACCUCUUUCUACCUGCUCCCCAGUCACUCUCCUCAGUUUCAGUGCCCCAAAUGACAGGGCUGUCAGGGGGUGACUCACGAGCAGAGGCUGAACUGAAAGGUGCAAUUUAGGAGGCUCGUGUCCCAUUUGUGGGGGAUUUAGUGGAUCAUUGAUUUAGCUCUUCCUAUAGGCUAAAGCCCAGCACUCACUGCUGAGCUGCUGAAGCAUCUCUCCAGGGAAAAAGCUGUGGCCAGUCCAGACAUUUCAUGGGGUCCCUGCCCAGUUUCCAGUGAUGGAUGGGAAACUGCUACUUGGAGACUGGAUCCCAGGAGAACUUGAGUGAUUUCCUACUGAAAGCUUUUGAAACAGGGACUUGCUUCCAAGGUAAGGCAGCUAAAAUCUUAUUGCUUGCCAGGCUUCUCAAUAAAGUGGUGGCAUAAGUGUGGAAAUCUGACUUUAACCUGAUUCCAGGGAGCAGUUGGCUGAGAUUUUAGUUAAGAUUUAAAACAGCCUGUGACACAUCAAAUAAAAAAUAUAUAUAUUUAGAAGCUUAAAGGUUGGCUGAGCACAAAGUAAAAAAAAAAAAAGGAUUAUAAUGACAAGGAAUAGGUAACAGCCUUGGCUCUAAUGAAGCAGGGUGGAAAUUAUAUAUAAACAUACAUAUAUAUUAAAAAAAAUACAGAGCCAUAACAAAUUUGCUGUGAAUGCCUCACCUGCCAUUUGCAUCUCUCCCGAUUUACAUUUACGAUUUGGCUUUGGGGUGAAAUGUUUUCUAUGCCCAGCUCCAGAGGAUGACUAAUCUGCAGCUAAGUCUGGUGUUUAUCACAGCCAUCCUGCUGAUAGCCUUGUCCUCCAUCAUUUGAAGCUUGAGCUCUUUUUAAAAGAAAUACCUACAAACGAUUUUCUUCGGCCCCAGCUCAGACUGUGCAGAUGAAUGGCUCUGAGGAGAGGAUAAGCAGGUUAAGCUCAUUGAGAGGAGAUGGACGUGCAGCUCCGAGAUUGGCACAACUCCCUGGGAUUGCCCAUUUCAAAAUGAGAAAUUUGCUUCUCAAGGUGCACUUGAUGAACCACUCUGAGCCUCAGAGGAUCCUGUGAGGGUAUUUCACACAUAAAAAUGAAUAUACCAAGAUGACAAACCCAGUGGGUUGGGCACAGGGGUGAAGCAGUGGUGGCUGCUCCGGGGGAUUUCUUUGCACGUGCCCAACAUAAAAAUAAUGGCAUCACUUCACAAUGGCUUGGAACUGCUGCUCUAACGAUGGAAAACUGAAUUUCUCUGCCCAGAGUGUGACAAGGGACAGCCCUGUCAUGGCAUGAGCAAGAACUUCUGCCUCAGAUCAUCAGAGACUUCUGAAAAGCCAAACUCCAGCAGGGCACAAGGAGGAGGAUGGACUCAAACUCUUCGUGGGGCUGGCCUCACUUGGAUUUGCUGGAUUACAACGGGACGUACGAGUACCUUUACUUGGAAGGAAAUGUCUCCUACGUGGGCUUCUACCUCCACCAGCCUUGGGUGGCUGCUGUCUUCAUCACCUCCUACCUCCUCAUCUUCCUCCUCUGCCUGGUGGGCAACGGGGGGGUUUGUUUCAUCGUCCUGUGGAGCAAGCACAUGCGCACGGUCACCAACCUGUUCAUCCUGAACCUGGCCGUCAGUGACCUGCUGGUGGGGCUCUUCUGCAUGCCCACCACCCUCCUGGACAACAUCAUUGCAGGAUGGCCCUUUGGGAGCCUGGUGUGCAAGAUGAGCGGCAUGGUGCAAGGCAUCUCUGUUUCUGCCUCUGUCUUCACCCUGGUUGCUAUUGCCGUGGACAGGUUCCGGUGCAUCGUUCAUCCCUUCAAGCAGAAGCCAAGUGUCCCCGCCGCCGUGGCCACCAUCGCGGCCAUCUGGCUGCUGGCCGUGGCCAUCAUGUGUCCCUCGGCCGUGCUGCUGCGGGUGCGGGAGGAGAAGCGCUUCCGCGUGCUCCUGGGCGCGGGCAACGCCACCCGCCCGCUCUUCUGGUGCCGGGAGGAGUGGCCGGAGCCGGCCAUGAGGAGGAUCUACACCGCGGUCCUCUUUGCCAACGUCUACCUGGCUCCGCUGUCGCUCAUCGCGCUCAUGUACGCCAGGAUCGGCCUCUCCCUCUCCCGCGCCGCCGGGCCCGGGAAGCGCGGCCGGGAGCGGCGGCACGGCGCGUGGAAGAGGAAGCGAAAGGCCACCCAGAUGCUCGUCCUUGUCACUCUGCUCUUCGCCCUGUCCUGGCUUUCCCUGUGGACCCUGAUGCUGCUGUCGGACUACGCCAGCCUCUCGGACGUCCAGCUGCAGCUGAUCCACACCUACCUCUACCCCUUGGCUCACUGGCUGGCCUUCUCCAACAGCAGCGCCAACCCCCUCAUCUACGGCUUCUGCAAGCAGAGCUUCCGCCGCGGCUUCCAGGCCGCGCUCGGGCUGCGGCUCCGCUCCAGGCCGGCCUGCUCCCGGCCAUGCCCGGGCAAUGCCGUCCCGCCCGCCGCCAGCUGCCCCCGGACCCUGCCGCCCAGACAGCCCAGAGAGGGAAACGGGUGAACAGCCAGCGGGAUCUGCUCGCGCAGGAGCUCGGAGGCGGUGGGAUGGAGUGAAAGGCGCUGUGGAUCUCUCGGAGCAGCUGGAACAGGGCUGCUUGAAUCCUGUUCACGGUCACGUUCCCAGCCUGGGAGGAAUCCCUCACCCUGUAACUCUCAUGGACUGAAACACUGCAACCCAUCCCUGGAAGAAAAUCCCUGGAUUUUCUUGUGGCCGUGCUUCUUGCCGGACACUGUGAUCGCCAGAUCCUGCUCAAAUGACAAAAUUUAACCUUUUCCGUCACGUGCCAUUUAUUCCCCUUUGUUGCUGAUAUUUCUGUCACAUCCAUUAUUAUUGCAGCUAGAGAAACAAAUGGAAAUGGAAAUCUGAGAAAUAAAGGAUAAAAGAAA